AUGUUCUUCAAAUCUGUGUCCAUCGCAACCCUUACUUUGGCAACUGUUGCCAAAGGGCAAACUUUUACGAAGUGUUCUCCAUUGGUUAAAGAGUGUCCUGCUGACCCUGCAUUUGGCGGCAAGUCCGAUUGCGACUUCACCAAGGGAGCCUGUUCCAUCUUCUCGGAAGCCGAAGGUACCAAGCUUUCGUACAAGGAUAAUGGCGCCGUCUUUACCAUCCAGACCGAGACCAACGCUCCCACCAUUGAGACUGGCAAGUACAUCUUCUUCGGCCGUGUCGAUGUAGUUAUGCAGGCAGCUCCCGGAGCCGGUAUUAUUACCUCGGCUGUCUUGCAGUCUGAUGAUCUCGAUGAGAUUGAUUGGGAAUUUGUCGGCUCCGACAACGCCCAGGUCCAGACCAACUACUUCAGCAAGGGAGACACUACCACCUACGACCGCGGCAAGUACCACCCCAUUGGUAAUCCCACUGGUUCCUUCCACACGUACACCGUCGAGUGGACUUCCAAGCAGGUCAACUGGAUGAUCGACGGCCAGAGCGUCCGAGUGCUCGAUGCCGCCACUGUCGGCGACAAGUUCCCCCAGACUCCCAUGCAGAUCAAGCUCGGAACCUGGUGCGCUGGUGGCAAGAACUCUCCUGAGGGCACUCGUCAGUGGGCUGGCGGCUUCACCGACUUCUCCAAGGCUCCCUUCGACGCCUAUUACAAGAGCAUCUCCAUUGUCGACUACGCCGGCAAGGACAGCCCCGCCAACGGUGGCAUCAAGGAGUACAUCUACGGUGACAAGUCGGGCAGCUGGGAGAGCAUCAAAGUCAUCAAGGGUGACAGCAGCAAGGACCCUUCUCCCUCCGCCUCUGGCUCUGCUUCCGCUUCCGCUUCUGCUUCUGCUUCCGCCCCUGCCUCUGCCUCUGGCUCCUCCAAGGCUUCUGCUACCCAGACCGAGACCGAUUCCAGCAAGCCUUCCACCACCAAGGCCCCCGAGUCCAAGACGUCUUCGGCCAACUCCACCAUCACCACCGUCUCCCGCUCUGCCUCGGCUUCCUCCAACUCUACGGCCAGCGCUACGCUCACCAGCUCGAGGGGCUCGGCCACCUCUGCUCCCACCACCGUCCCUACCACCGCCGUUCCUGGUGCCGCUCCUCGCAGUGCUGCUGCCAUUGGUGGUUCUCUCCUGGUUGGUGCUGGCAUUGCCAUGGCCCAGCUAUUCCUGUAA